CCUAGGCUCUGCCGGGGAGCUGCAGCAGCUGAAGUGUGGAGGGGGAGGAGGAGUCGUGUGGCUGCUUACUGAUUCAGACAAGUCCUAUCUUCUUUAUCCACUUCCACGCAUCCUCUCCCCUAAAAGAAGAGGACCACAGAGGCCUUGCCAUGGAUACGCAAAAAGAGGCUUUGCAGAGGAUCAUCACAACGCUUGCCACCAAAAAUGAUGAGAUCCAGAAUUUUAUUGACUUGCUAAAUCACAGAUUAAAAGGUGUUCAGGUAAAUUCCUCCAAAGUUCUUUCUGAUUUAGAUGAAGAGUUUGAUGGUCUUUUUUCCUUGCUAGAAGAAAUGAAAGAAAGCAUGACAAGCAAUAUAAAGCAAGAACAAGCCCACAAAACACAGGAAUUACAGAAUCAGUUGACCCAGUGUACAAAUGCCCUGGAGAGCUCAGAGGAAUUGUUAGAAUUUGCUUCACGGACUCUGGACAUACGAGAGCCUGAGGAGUUCACCAAGGCUGCCAGACAGAUCAAGGAUAGGGUCACAAUGGCAGCAGCUUUUCGCCUUUCACUGAGACCAAAAGUAAGUGACAACAUGACACAUUUGAUGGUUGAUUUCUCCCAAGAACGGCAGAUGAUCCAGACAUUAAAGUUCUUACCAGUUCCCAAAGCUCCUGAGAUUGACCCAGCAGACUGUAUUGUGGCUGACAAUUGUGUAUGUGUAUCAUGGCGAAUGCCUGAAGAAGAUAAUAAAAUUGAUCACUAUGUGCUGGAAUAUAGAAAAACAAAUUAUGAUGGUCUUCCAAGAGUCAAAGAUGAGAGAUGUUGGGAAGUGAUUGAUCAUAUAAAGGGUACAGAAUAUACACUCUCAGGUUUAAAAUUUGACGCAAAGUAUAUGAACUUUAGAGUGAGAGCAUGCAACAAAGCAGUGGCUGGUGAAUAUUCAGAUCCUAUCACACUGGAAACCAAAGCCCUCACUUUUACACUUGACAACACGUCGUCACAUCUAAACCUUAAGGUGGAAGACUCCUAUGUUGAGUGGGACCCUACUGGAGGUAAAAGUCAAGAAAACAAGGUGAAAGGGAAAGAGAACAAAGGCAGUGGCCAUGUUACCUUACUGAAGAACAAUAAAAGAAGUGGAACACCAUCUCCAAAAAGAACUUCUGUCACUGCUAGACCUACAAUGGUGAGGGGGAGUCGAGACCGUUUCACAGGGGAGUCUUACACAGUGUUGGGUGACGCGACUAUUGAAAGUGGGCAGCAUUAUUGGGAGGUUAAAACCCAAAAGGACUGUAAAUCUUACAGUGUAGGCAUCGCAUAUAAAUCAAUUGGGAAAUUUGACCAGCUGGGAAAGACCAACACCAGCUGGUGCUUAUAUGUCAACAACUGGCUGCAAGCAACAUUUGCUGCAAAACACAACAACAAGGCCAAAGUUCUGGAUAUCACAGUGCCAGAUAGAAUAGGCAUAUACUGUGAUUUUGAUGGAGGACAACUUGCAUUUUACAAUGCAGAAACUAAGCAGUUACUUCAUAGCUUUAAAACAAAAUUUGCCCAGCCUAUCGUUCCUGGAUUUAUGGUGUGGUGUGGCGGGAUCAUGUUGUAUACAGGUUUGCAAGUUCCAAGUGCUGUAAAAACUCUCCAGAAGUCAGAAAAUGGAAUGAGUGGUUCAUCAAACAGCCUAACGAACGUUCCUCAUUAAUGCAGUUAAUGAAUAAGACGGAUAGAAUUUAUGCUCUAACCGAGUGGAUUUUAGUGAUUUGUUUUACAUAUGUUCUGGUUGCUGUUCAACAAAAUAUUGAGCAAACAAAUAAUUUGGGUUACUUACUAACUGCUGCUCUUGGACUUGCAAAACCAAAUGAAAUCCUGCUCAUAUUUUGAUCUGAUCAACUUAGUACAGCACUGCAGGUGAUAUGGCAUAUGACUUUGUCACACAAAAAGAGAGCCUUAUGCUGUACUUAGGUUGUUUUUAUUCAUUGACGCUACUGCUGUAUUCAACUACUAUCAGGCAUAUUAAAUGACUACUUUUUCUGAUGUGUCUACAAGGAAGACCUCAAUACUACUAUAGUGGAAGUUCUUUGCUCUCAGUGUUUUCAAGAGAAAUAGCCUUAACAGAAGAGCUUUUUUUAAAAAAACAAAAACAAAUAAAUAUUACUGUAAAAGAAAGUGUUGGAAAUUAUAACAAAGAAAGUGAAAAGCCCUUUAAUGAAGAAAAUGAGCUGUGUCUGAUAUUAAUGUGUCAGAUUUACUCACACAGUAAGAAGAAUUGCUAUUAAAAUUCUUUUAUUUUU